AGCUUAUACAUCACUCAGACCCAUACCCACAACGCUUUCCCCUCAACCUUUCUUCCGUCACAAUGCUGAUGGGUGUCUCUCUUCGCCUUCGCUGUCUCCUUGUGCGGCAUCUGUGCGCCGCGGUGCUGCUUGGGCUGUGGGUGUGUGCUGUCGAGGCCCCUUCCCUCGCCUACGCCUGGCCGCGUUUUCUGGGCAUGGGCCGGAGCUCGACGGCGGAAGUCCCCUCCACCGAUGGAGGGAAGCCGGACAAGACGGCUGUGCCGCACCCAGCCCUUUCCUUUCCUGGCAAGGCGGAGCGUGUGGGGCAGGCGCAUGCGCUGUGGCAAGAGGUGGAGGCCAAAGGUCGGCUGAGCCCGUGCUGGAAGCGUUCGCUGCUGUACCUGAACGCAAAGUGUGCCGAGGUGCAGAGGGAGGACACAAUGCGCAGUCGUCUGGCUCUCUUCAUGGCCACCUGCGACGCCGACAGCGACGGCCGCGUGCACCCGAGCUUUCACUGCGGCACCACCGCGACUGCGCCGUCGGAGUUGUCAGCCGACGGUAUCCGCGCGUGUGUGCGGGGCCUCUCGGACACGGCUUACGCUGCCUUUCUGCAGUACCGCCUGCACGCCGAUGUACUCUGUGCGUACCUGCAAGAAGAGCUCUAUCAAGAGCGCACCGAGGCCGCCGUCGCGGCGAUGCUCCAGCAAGUGGAGGGCAACACCGAAGUCCUGGGCGUGUUGCAGCAGUCUGGGGCAGAGGCUUAUACGCUGGCGCGAGAGACGCAGGCGCUGCAGCGUGCGGCACAGGCAGCCACUACCUCCUUGCAGCAGCAGCUGGACGCGUUGCACCACGGGCACGCCGCCGCGUUCCAGGCACUGCGCGUUGCCGCAGACGACAUCCUUCACACGAGCACCCGCACCGACGCGGCGCUGGGGGAGCUGCGUACGCACGUCCAGGAAGCCGCUGAAGAGGCGCUGACCUCCGUGCAGGCCCUCAGUCACCAAUCGCUGCGGCAGUUUGCGGUGAUGGAAGAGCAAACGAGGGGCGUUAUGCAGCUGAUGGAGCAGGUCGACCACGUUCAACGUCUGCUGGCACGGCAGUCAUUCUCGUGGUAUCGGGUGCUGUGUGUGCUGGGAUGGAUGACGGCGGUGCUGGUCGCGACGAGUCUCCCGCACACUGCCGCCGCCCGGCUGCCUGCCAUGGCGCUUGCGCUGCUGAGCACCGUCGGCCUGCCGCUACUGCAACGGUGGACGGGGCAGGAGGUGUGGCUUCUGUUGCGCAUCGGCGUGUGGCAAUGCCUCUGUGCCGCGUGGGCGGCGGGGCUCGUGUGCUGGUCCGCGUGUUGCUAUACGCCCCCUGAGGUUUGGCAGCGGCGUGUGGUGCGCGAGGAGGCGGAGCGCGUGUGGCGGGAGCUGCGCUGCUCCCUUCCCGCGGCGGACUCGCCCUACACGACGGUGCUGCAGCCGUACGUGCCACGUGCUCCUUCGCCCACGCCGGUGCCGUCACAGCUGCUGCACCAGCGCCUCGUCUCUCCCGCCGUUCCUCUGCAGCCCAGCGACAACGACGCAGACCGCGACGCAGAACCGGUGGCAACCGCUGUGGUUGCUUCAUCCCCGGCGCCACGUGCACCGUCGCUUCCCCCGGCAGAGACGGACGGGAGCGACGACCAGUGCGUGCGGACGACGUUGACGGAACGCAAGCGAGGCCGCGCACCCGCCAUGGCAGUCAACGACGGCGAGGGCG